GGACACGGCUCACCUUCUUCUUCUCUCUAUCUCUCUGAAAUUUAUAUUUUUCAUUUUUGUUGGAAGAAACGAGUGGAAAAGAGAGAGGAUGAAAGUGAGUGGACUUCUGUUAUGAUUAUUAUUCAUAUUUUGUUUUGUUUUUAAUAUUUGUCUACACAUGAAGAAGAAUUUGUUUGAGGGGGAACAAUGUCUGAAAGUAUUGUAAGGAAAGUCCAACCAUUCACUAUCGGGACCAAGCUCUCAGUGCCAUCCGUACCAAAGUGUCCAGACUUCACAGAGGGCUACUUGCCCAGCCAGGCACUGGACAACUGCAAACUGCGGCACAAUCUGAACAACCAUGUGUCUCUUUUCCUGGGACGAGCUCAAGUGCGCUCUGGGAACUCACGGCUAGUACCACCACCACCACCACCAGCACCAUCACCAACAUCAUCUUCAUCGACCACAACGACUUCACCACACACAACGACAACAACAACAACAACAACAACAACAACAACAACAACAACUCAGGUUAUCCCAGCAAAACACCAGCAGCAAAACAUGGCUGAGGAGGACCAUCUGAAUAGAAACGCCAUCAGCCCAGGCUCAGCAGCCUCCAGGUCCAUUCGGAAGAUCACUAUCUCAAGCAGCCCAGAGAGCAACACACCCCGGCCAGACCAAGGACUAAGCAUCCCACGGGUGAGAGUCAACCCCCAGGUAGAAAACAACAAUAACAACAACAACAUCACAACCUCCACCUCCAACCCACAACUGCCUCGGAUAGUUGGAGUGAGCUGUGAAAAUAAACCCAGCUCUCAUUUCAAGGUUUUGCUUCGGAAAGAUUCUGAUGAAGACAAACAGAACAACAGUGUUCAAGAAACGAGAGGGAAAUACCAGUGUGUUCCUCAGACGCCAAUCUUCAAGGCCCUGUCACUGAAAAGAGAUCUUCCAAAGGGUGAGAGUCCACCGAGUGAGAACAAGGACAUGCCACCAAGUUCUAAAGGCACAGCAAUCCAGGACGAUCACUGUUUCGCCCAGCGCAAUGCCCUCUUUAACAAGGAGAUAUCUCAGGCUGAAGCAUGGAUCAAAGGGAAACUGAGGGACUUGAAGGACGGGUGUAAUAUUCAGAGAUCUCCCCUCACAGACUGGGAGGAGGUGUCUCAAACCCUCCAAAGAGACCUCAAGGACUUUGAGAAUACCCUCAUUCAGCUGAACCAGAUGGGCGAUCAGUUGCUGUGUAAGACCAACCCUACCUCGGACCUGGUGAAGAAACAGCUGAGUCAGGUGAGGGACCAAUGGCAGAACCUCAAACAGACGGCGGCCAAUCAGACCAAAGCUCUGGGGGGAGCCAAGAACCUGCACGAGUUCAACAGAAAAGUCGAGCGUCUAGAAGCUUGGAUCAAAGAAAAGCAGGAAGAGGAGCAGUCGCUGGCCAACCUCCUCGGGGAGAACAUUGACAAAAUGCAGCUGACGAGGAGGAUCUUAGAUUUGAAACAGGAUGAGCAGUUGUAUCGCAAUCUUCAUGAAGAAAUCAAUCACUUGGCUUUGAAGCUGGAGAAACAAGGGAAGACGGAGGGACGGAACAUCUCUUCUCGAAGGAAGCACAUUAAUAAAAUGUGGUUGAAGGUCCAGUCUCUCCUCAAGGACUAUCAUGAAAACCUGCAGCUUGCACUGGAUGUCUCCUCCUUUUAUCAACAGGCAGAUAACAUUAUGGGCGCCAUCAAUAACAUGCGGAGAAGCAUAUCUGCAAGUCCUGGUCAAGCGAGCGGCGGAGAUGGAGAGAUCCGAGACAUAGCCAGUCAGAUUAUGAUGCUCGACGUGACCGUCUCUCAGCUGUCAAAUCUCCACCCUUCCCUGGCUGCCAGGGUGACCCAGAAGCAGGGCGAGGUCAAAGACUGCUGGGCCCUGCUCCAAAAGGCUGUCAGGAGCGAGAAGCCAGCUCCCCCCAGUUCCCAUUUUGCCAGGGAAGACAGUGACCCGGCGACUCCGUCCAGAGAGCCCCAGUGCAGCGUGGGAACGCCGGCGCACAGGCUCAUGGGAAAGGAGGUGAAAGAGGAGCAGAACCGGCUCAAGGGAUGUGCGGGCGGGCGGGAAACAGCAACCACUCGAGCGCUGACGCUGACGGGCUGCAGCCUGGACGAGAGUGGCCAGAGCGCCACAGCGAGUGAAGUCAUCGCGCGACCUCAGACGGAGGCGGAAAGGAAGCCGAGGUCCGAGGAGAAGCAGGUUGCCGUGGCAGCAGUGCCGGGGACCGGAGGGGACCACCCACAGCUCCACACGCAGCUCCAGAAAUUUACCGUGUCCGCAGACAAGACCCUGUCCUGGCUGAAGGACAAUGUCGCCAUGGCAACGCAGAUUUGUUACACAGUGGGCUCCAACUCCAGCUUCGAGGCGGCCAAGAGGUGUCAGGCGGUCCUGGAGCAGGACAUCCUGUGCAACAGAGCACGGAUAGAGCUGGUCAAAAAGGAGGGCCGUAGCCUGGUGAGAGCCCAGCAUCCAGGCAGCGCCAAGAUCAAGGAGUUCCUGGGCCAGCUGGAGGUCCUGUGGGAGGAGCUGAAGAAGCAGCAUCAGAGGAACGUGGUGGUCUUGCAGGCCUCCGAGGAGCUCAACUUCAGGGCGGUGAGGGUCCUGCAGGCUCUGGGUGGUCUGGAGAGCUGGCUGGAGGCGGUGGAGACGUCCAUCCGGGAGAGCUCGGUGGCGGGGGACCCCGAGUCCAUGAGCCUGGCCGAGCGAGAGAGCUGCCUGCUGGAGCGGGAGCUGUCGGCCCGCGGGCUCCACCUGCAGACCCUGAGGCGCGAGGUGGACGUGCUCCACACCCAGAGGCACCUGCACACCGAGCUGCUGCCCGCUCGCAUCCAGGACGUGGAGAGGAAAUACCAGAGUGUGCAGAGCGCGUUGACUCAGCAGAGUUCGGAGCUGCAGGACACGCGUAUGCUCACCGAGUUCCUAGAACGCGUCGAGCUCGAGGAGGGCAGCUACAGCACCCUGGGAGAGCCUCUCCAUAGUGAGAUUGCCUCAGAGCCGUCUCUGUUAGCCCCACCAGCCGUAGGAGGCAGCAUGCCCCUGUUGGAGAGCAUAGGAAACCCUGUGGAGGAGCUCCGGGAGGCUGUGGUGAUGCUGAACGACACAGCCAGGGAACGAGGGCGAUCCGUCUGUCAGGACCAGGCCAUACAGGAACUACUGAGCCGGCAUGCCUCAGUGUCUGUGCGGGUGGAGCAGCGCAAGCAGCGGGCGUCGGAGCUGGCCCAGGAGGUGCAGGCGCGCGAGAGCGAGAUGGCCGUGCGCUGUGAGCCGGAGCGGAGUGGCCUGGAGGCCCUGCAGGAGCAGCAGCAGCAGCUGCAGGCCGAGUGCACUGAGCUGACGGAGGACGUGGAGGCCAUGGAGGGUCUGACCUCUCGUCUGGAGGAGCUGUGUCCAGAGAGGCUGCACGUGCUGGGGGCCGAGGUGCAGGCCACUCUGGGGGCCUGGAGGGAGCUGGGGAGGCACAUGGAGGAGAACCAGGGACGACUGCGACAGUUCGGGCAGCUGCGUGACUUUUUCCGGAACUACCUGGCCAUGAUAUCCUGGACAGAAGACACCCGGUCCUACAUCUUCUCUGAAAGCGCAAAGCACCAGGCCAAAGAUAACCCCGUACCUGUGGCCGAGAUGCUGGAUCUGCAGAUUGAACAGAAGUUCAAUGAAUUUGAUGAGCUCUCUGCUGCGGCAAAGAAACUCAUUGACUCGGAACAUCACUUGACCAAGAUGAUCAAAGAGAGGAUGGAGGAGCUGCGGAGCAUGCUGGGAUGGAUCCUUGUCCACUGGAGGGCUCAGAAAGCUCAGUGGAAGAAGAGGAAGAGGAGAAGUGAGACUAAAGUAGACGAGGAUGCCAUAUACACUGAAGCAACUGUCUGCUCAUCAACACCACAGGUUAGCCCUCCACAGCCAGAUCCAGAGGAACCCUCUACAGGUGGUUCGGCUCCCCAGGACAGACCCAGGAUGGCAGAGCGUUCGGCCACAGCGCCCUCUAGCGGCUCGGAGGAACAGCCCACCGGACCAGAGGCACAGGACGCCGAGAGUGGCUACGAGGUGAUGAAUAGCGUGGGUCAGAGGUCAGGAGGUGAUAGCGCUGACGGGCCGUGUGGCACCGGCGAGAAGCCCAACAACUCUCACCUGCUGGUGCUGAAGGAGCCGGCCUCGCCCUCUCAGAGGGGCACGGUCAACCUCAUCCUCAGCUUCAACAACACUGGAGACAGCCAGCUGCAGGUGCAGGAACCUGAGGGUGACCAGGUGGACAGGGGGUCUGAGCCUAUUCACAGGGUAAGUACAUUCUUGCAUGUUAAGGACAACACUGCCGCAGGCCCCGUGUAUGAGAGCAUGUCACUGCCCAGGCUCAGCAGCACCAGAGCUCAGGCGUCGGUCUCCUCCUCCUCCUCCUACAACUCCCCCUCCACCACCUCCUCCACCUCCACCUCCACCUCCUCCUCCAGCACGUCCCCGGCGGUCAGCGCCGCCUCUGACGGCCAGGCGCCUCAGGUGAGCAGCGUCUCCUUCCACACGCUCCCCAGGGGCGCGUCCGGCCACGGCGCGACCUCCGCCGCCGCUAGCACCUCCUCUUCCGCCGCCGCCGCCGCCUCGGCCUCCAUCUUCAGCAGCCUGAAGAGGAGGAGCAAGAAGAGGAAGAAGAAGAGAGACGCGCGCCGGCACACCAUCCAGAGGAUCAUGGGGGUGGAGCAGCAGGCGGAGGGGGAGGAGGAGGAGGACCCUCCGCAGCAGCAGCGUCGGCAGGAGGAGUCCGCGGAGCAGGAGGCCGUCGUCUACGACACGCACACGUGGCCCCUGAAGGAGAGGAGGAAGAGGAAGAACGCGGCGAAGUCCGCCGCCGCCGCGGUUGCCGUCGAGAAGCCCGAGCUCACGGACUACGUGAAGAACCCGCUACUGAGCGACAUCGACGCGGAAUGCUCCACGGAGCUCCAGUCGGUCCGACCCUUCAGCCAGGGUCCGGACACGACCAACCGAGCCUCCGUCCCUGGAAACCGCGUCAAGGGCCACUGCAGAUUCCUCUCCCUGGGAUCCGUCCUGAGCUUCGAGCUCCCCAAGGACGUGGGCCUCAUCCCCUGCAUCCCGGACGUCAUCACCAUCGCGCCCCCGGAGUCCCGCCGGACAGACCCCAAAAACCAGGAGCACAGCGCAGACAGGUCAGUGGCACUGAGCACCUUCAAGCUGGCCCGCUCGCCACCCACACGCAAGGAAGAGGAGCCCAGCCUUAGUCCCCAGGCUGAGGCUGUUAUUCAAAUCCAACUUCCGGGGAAUCAGGAGGCUGCCGAUGGUGCUGAUGAAGACUUUCCUCCUCCUCCAUCCCCUGUCGCUGAGGACCUCUGCCGGGCGUCCUCGCAGGGCGACCUCACCAGCGUCCAGCUGAAAAGGCUCUCCGGGGUCAGCGGUCUGCACGAGGAGGCGGCCUUGGAAUGGGACAAAAUGGCCGCCGCGUUGACGCAGAGCGAAAGCAACCCGCGCGCCGCCAAGAGCCCGGCCAAGGUCGGAGAGAACGGACCGUACGGCCAGCUGUCGCUCGGCGAACACGGAACGCGUCCCGCGACGGAGGCCGCAGCCUCCAGCGCAGUCGCCGCGGAGACACCUCACGUGUGCCCCAGCGUCCACACGCUGAUCAAGGACCUGAGCGGACACAAGUACCGUCGGCCGUCGGACUCGGCGGGCGGCAAGGAGAGCCCCGCGGCCGUGACCCAGAGCCACACGUCCCACAUGGUGCUCAGCUUCAAGGCCAGCGGGAGCAGCAGCGGCAGCAGCCGGGAGGACUCGGUGGACUCGGGUCACUCCAGCUCCGGCAGCUUCAAGUUCUGCGUGGAGGCGCCCGGUCCGGACACCCCCGACGACCCCCUGCCCAGGAGAGCGGUCGGACGGGUACGGGCGGCGGAAGCGGGCGGCAGGUCGAAGACCGCGAUGGCGGCGGCUGCAUCGGCAGACGACCCCGUGCACCCUGACCACCAGCAGUUCGAGGAGGAAGAGGAGGAGCUGGAGGACAUCUGGAACCAGAGCCACGGCUACCGGCAGAGCGUCUGCUCGGACAUCAUGUACCAGGGCUAUCAGGCAGAGCCGUCCAGCACGCCUCCGUGCCAACAGAGGGCGCCAUCGCCCAAGGAGCAAGCCGUCAUCUACAGGAAGCUGGUCACUGCCUCUGCGCCCAACCUGCUGGUGGCUGAGUUCAGACUGCCUCCCUCCAUCCAGAGUCUGCUAGGUUAUGGGAAGGACCAGAGUCCCAAAGACGAGGCCCCAGCCCUGGGCAAGAGAGACCGCCGGUCCUGGGCUGCCUUUUCCCACCAGGACCAGUCCAGCAGGCAGACGACUUUAGUGUUGAAUGAAACGGCAUCGUUCCCUGUCAGGUUGCCAGAGAUGGAGGACCCCCAUAAAUAUAUUUACCAGUAUAAGGAGGAGGAGGAGGAAGAGGAGGUGGAGAGGCAGAGAGGGGAGGAAGGAGAGGAGGUGGAUGUGGACACAGGUUGUCCAAAGGAUCUUCUGUCGGUUCACAUGGGGCUGGACGGACCCUCAGGACAGGCCCAGCACUGCGCUGAGGACCAGGGCUACAUGACCAUCACAGGAGGGCGCUGUUCUGCCACGAAUGGACAGAAGCCUGAAUUCCCCUCCAUGGAGGGUACUCUGGAGAGGAAGCAUAGACUCCAGCCGGGAGGAAAGAAGGCACCAUGUCGGACCUGGAACACAUACCACGCUAUCCUGUACCGACAGACUCUUAGCUUCUAUAUAGACAGAAAGGAUACCCUGAGGAGUUCAGCAUCCAGCCUGCCACUAAACCUUGCAGGGGCUGAAUGUGUCCCAGUUCCAGAGUAUGCCAAGAAGCCCAACUGCUUCAGCUUAAGGUUACGUGAUGGAUCUGAGUAUUUACUGAGUGCUUCCUCGCGCUUCAUGAUGAAGAAGUGGAUGUUGAGAAUCCAUGCCAACACAGGAUCUGAAGAUGCUGUCCCUUCCCUGCCUAUGUUCUCCAGCUCCUCUCUACAGGAUGACUCUGUGAACAUGAAUCGUAUCCCAUCCUUGGCCUGUUACUGUAUCGGCAAAUGUCACUGUCCGGCCCGGGAUGAUGUCACGACCUGCUUUCAGACGGGAGCUGGGCAUCCUAAAGAGAGCGUUCUCCUCAACAGAGAUGGCCCUCGCCUCCCCUUCUGGCACCAGGGAAAAGCCGUGGACAUCUCCCUCAGUGGCUCACUUCUACGCGCAGGCUACAGUGAAGAUGCCUUUGACCCACUCGGCAUGGCGUCUCUCUCAACUCACUCUCCCCUCAGCCACAGUCAGGACUGGCUGAGUUGCAGCAACAAGCGCCGUUCCCACUCCUUCACCUCAGCCACAUAUCAGAGAAUCAGACCUGUGAGACUGCCCCCUUCAGGUGGAAGCCAGGACAGCAGCUCUAACUACUCCGUGACCCUCUUCAUCGGAGACCAGCCGUCAAUGUGCAACAGCACGGAGACACCACAGAGAGCGGCUUUUGGCAGUGGGCUGGAGCGCCCCCUAGACUUGCCUUUGAGGAACUAUGCCAGCCUGCCACGGCCCCGCAACAAGUCUGUCUUCAAGAAAUUCUUUAGUAAGAAGGAGUGAAAGGAAAGGAGUGGUGUUACAGAAACACUGCUGCUCAGAUCCCCUCCUUACUGACUCUUUUCAUGUGCAGAGCACUGAUGACUGAUGAAAAAUAUUUGACAGAGAUGUUUAUUUAGUUCAUAUUUAUGCUUGACAGACAUAUUUGAUACGAGGGGACACAAUUUCCUGUUUUCUUUUGCAUCACAAGUCAUAUUAUUUGCAGAGUGGGGAAAAAUGGACCUUAAAACAGACUUUCUUUGUUGUUUUUUCACAUGAAUAUAUAGAACAACGCUUCAGAAGAACUAUUCAAUCAACCGUCUUGACAUAAUGAAUAAUUUCAUUUGUAUAUUAUUUUCUUGAUCUUUGAGAUCUCACUGGUUACUAUGGUGAUCAGCUGUCUCUUGGUUUGAUGUACUGUGUGUUGGUGUGUGUUUGUUAGCCUUGUAUUUUUCUCUCACAGAUUUCUGAAAAUCAUAACCCAACCACCCAUCUGGUAUGCUCUGACAUGUAUGCACUGUUUCAUUUUUGUUCUGUUUAAAGGCUGCGAUCCCAUGCGAUUGCUAGGUUUAUGGUCAUGGUUCAUUCUUUUCACUGAGACAUCGGUGACGGGAUUACGUGCCUGUUUAAUUUUGCAAUCUUUUUAGUUCACAAGUAUGCUUUGGUUAGCAUGGUUAGUCCUGUAAGCUGCGUUCUUCUCUCUUUCUAACUACUAGCUAGGUUAGCUACUGUGGUUAAACCCAUCAGCAAAUCAAAAUGUAGUCCAGAAGGUGUUUAAUUUCAUUCACAGUCAUCACAGCUUCCAGGGUUCCCACAGUCAUGGAAAACCUGGAAAAAUCAUAGAAUUGUAAAAUCCCAUUUUCCAGGUCAGGAGGAAUCAUAGAAUUUAGUCAAUUCAUUGAAUGUUUUGGUAAAGUCAUGAAAUUUCAUUUAGUCAUUAGAGGCCAGAGGACAUGGGAAUGGUGUAGAUGCAGCAGAAUUCAAUCACUUUCUUCAUAGAUAUAGAAUGGUGGGGGGAAACCAGAAAACAUUUAAUCCAAUCUCAUUGUUUAAGUCACAUUUCAAUUAGCCCCAACCUGCAAUUUUGUUACAGGCUGUGAAAAGUCAUGGAAGUUUCAGUUAAGAUGGGUGGGAACCUUGAGCUUCAGCCAUAUCUUUGUUGUAUCUUGUUUUAACACAACACUAUCACAGUCUUGGAAACCAGUGGUAGUUGGAGUUGGAGUUAGUUGGAGGGAGAGUUGGUUUUAUGACGAACACAAAGGAACUAUACAGGAAGCCUUAUAUGCCACUCAGACUGUCGUCUUCUUUUCAUUCUAAUUAUUACAACAGUUUGAUACUGUUUGUGUUUGUUUUGAUAUUGUUAACUCUGAGAACUGUCACUGCACAACUAAUAUUUGUAAUAAAUCGAUAUUUUGGUUGA